CUCUGGUUCCCCCGGAGGAGGCGUUCCUGUCACCUUCCGGAGUCUCCCCGGGCAGCCCUGUAGUCCGGCGGCCCCCACCUGCCCUCACCCCUCCUUAAGAUGGUGGGGAGCCGCUUCACCUCGCCGAAGGCGCCCUCCCCACUUGGACCCUGGCGCUGGGGAGGGCCCGGCCGCUCCGGCAGGACCCCCCAGUGAGGGUGCGCCCCAGCAGCGUCGCGAUCGAAUGACAGCAACUCUCACGGGCCGCGAGGCCGGCGAUCCUUCUGCUCCCAGGGGCCCCUUGCUCAGUGGCAGUAGGUGUCCCCCCAGCCAUCGGGGGAGAAAUGACCCCAGCUGGCACUGGCUUGCCCGAGAGUAUGUCUGGUUUUUGAUUCCAUACAUGAUCUAUGACUCCUACGCCAUGUACCUCUGUGAAUGGUACCGAACCGGGGACCAGAGCAGCAAACAUACCCUCACCAUUUUUCGAAACUUCCUCAGUAAAAACCGCCUCAUGAUCACGCACCACGCAGUUAUUCUGUUUGUCCUUGUGCCGGUCGCACAGAGGCUUAGGGGAGAGCUUGGGGACUUCUUUGUUGGCUGCAUCUUCAUGGCAGAACUGAGUACUCCGUUUGUGUCGCUGGGCAGAGUUCUGAUUCAGCUAAAGCAGCAGCACACCCUGCUGUACAAGGUGAACGGAAUCCUCACGCUGACCACCUUCUUCUUAUGUCGGAUCCUCCUUUUCCCCUUCAUGUACUGGUCCUAUGGCCAGCAGCAGGGACUGAGCCUGCCCCAAGUGCCGUUCCACAUUCCUUUCUACUGCAAUGUGGCCAACGCCUUCCUCAUCGCUCCCCAGAUCUACUGGUUCUCUCUGCUGUGCAAGAAGGCAGCCCGGCUCUUUGAUGCUCCCCCAGCCAAAAAGGAUGGUUAAUUGCUCCAUGAGUCAGGCAGUGAGGGCGCCUCCUCCACUCAGUAUUCCCGUGGACCAAACUGCCGAUUGUGCCCUGGGUGGCCUCAGCCUUUUGGGUAUUGAUAAGCAGAGGGAUUUGAGUUUUUCUAAAGAAUAUUCCUAUCAAUCACCUCCCGCUUCUAACCUGCCCCUUUUGCAAAAGCACUUUUUUCUUAGUAACAACUAUUGGAUCCCCUCAGACCUCCACUGGCAGCAAGGUGGUUUUAAUGCGAAGCCCAAGGAUCCUUCCCUGGGUCUUAUCUCAAGGGCUCUGGAGGUAGAAGCACGGGGUGUGGAGAUAGGUGGACCAAGGAGAUAAGGAGCUGGGCACCUGCCUGCUCUUCGUAUUGGCGGCUCCCCACCUUUCCAGCCACUCAGGGAGUGUCCACACAUACUGGGCCAGCAGAAGCAAGUGAUGACUUGGUUCUUUUCUUGUGAUGUUGGCCUGGGAAAAUCGUUGUGGGUAGGUAGUUUUUUUAUUGUUUACUAGAUAACCUGUUGGUCCUUUGCCUCAUCCUUUCAUCCAUGUGCCAACAUUGAAUUCUCCUGUCUACCGACGUCUGGUCAGAAGUCUCACUGGCGGGGUGGGGUAGGUGGCAGGGACGGGAACCUGAAGCACCUGAGUAGGUAGGAAGGCCAACAGGUCAGCACCUCUGCAGGCUGGCUUGGCUAGACCAGUGUCAAACUUGUGAGCUUGCUGUCAACAGUCACAGAUACUAUUCCCUUUUUAGCAUGUCCCUCAAGCCCAGCUUUCCCCAUAUCCACACACACAGGAUGCUCUUAUUAAAAACUAUAGGGGUAAAGUGAAAUGACGGCUACCGAGCUAUUCUCUGGGUAACCCCACUCCCUGACACUGUCCUUUUCCUAUGAAGCAGAACGGACUGCUGUAUUCGAAACCAUGAGAUGUCUCAUCUAGACUGCCUCCUGAUAAGCCAGAGCUUGUGGUCCAAAGUCUGUUCCUAUCUGACUUAACUGCCAUUUAGCCACAGAAGGCUGGAGAGCAAGAGUGCAAGUCAGCCCUGGCCAAAUUACGUUCUGUGGACUGACUCCUUCACCCACCAUUGACAAAUAGGAUCCUCUGGUGCCAACACUAAUUGUUCCUGAACGACAAGGAUGGGUUUUAGAAACUGCUACCAUGAAGUUUUUUCCCAAGCAGUAGUGAAAAACUAGAUUUUUAAAAGUGCCUUUUAAUUCACUGUUGUCUGUGAACUUUUAAAGUACUGAGUGUGUAACAGUGUCUCAAAUUUUGACUAUUUCAGUCUUUAAUGGGUGCCAUUUAAAAAACAAAAUGCUGUUAAUUUUUUUUUUUUUUUUUUACCGUUUUGUUUACUAUCAGUAUAUCUUUAUAAAUCACCCCUGUGGUGACUAAAUUGCACUAAUAUUUUUGAACUUAUUCUCAUUUGUGAAAUAUAUCCAUGCCGACUUCUGGUAAGACCUGUCCUGUGACGAACUUGAAUGGCUGCUGUGUGCCAUUGUUUCUGUUCUGUGUUCUUCUCCGUGUAACUGGCAGAGGUGGGCUGUUGCAGGGGAAGGGGGUGUGUGAAUGCGUUCAGCCUCCAGCAGAGCCUAGCUCAUACCUCACUCUAACAUGUUUCUGUAAUUCACGGUGCCAAGAGUACACUGCAGAGUUCUAGAGUUCUAGCCCAGCGGUCACGUAACUUUAGGCCCUUUCUUCUCUUCCCAGGUGAAUCCCAACUAGGAGUCAGGAGGCUGGAAACCCAAUUGUAGGCCGCAGACAGAGCCAGCCCACUUUAGGUGGCGGGGAGGGAACUUGAAUACUGCCUUACUGUGAUGGGGGGUAUGGAGCUGUCCUUCCUUGCCUCCCAAUUAAACACUUCACUAACGAG